GGCUUUGUAACUUCACUUGAAACUAUGGAUUCCAUCAGUGCCUUUGAAUUUUUUUUUAAAAAAAUAGCUUAACCAAAACAGUGUCACUCAUUAGUCGCCACCACUUCCCGAUAACAAAAAUGUCGAGAAAGAAAUCCCCCGUCGUCUCGCCGCAACCCGCUACAUCGAUUCUUCGCCGAUCCGCGAGGCUUGUCUCUCUGCACAGUCAAGGAAAACCCACGAAAGUUCUGACCUUUGGCUCUGAACCGCCACCGAGGAGAACCCGCCGUGAACUCGGACCAGAAGCCAAGAAAUCCCCAGGAUCUCUGAGGCGGUCCCUUAGGGUUUCGAAAAGAGGGGUUUCCGACGCCGGCAAAGAAAAGUCUCCACCUUUUAGCUCCGCGAAGCCUGCGUCUACCCCAUCCUCUGGCUCUUUUACUCUGAGACGCUCUCCUAGAUUCUCCAGUGGAGGAGGAGGAAGAUCUAUGUAUCAUCUUCGAUCAGGUAACAGUGUUUUGAGUAGUUGUAGUAGUACCAAAUCAUGUGGAGGAGAUGGUGUCAGAUCUAGUAGAAGCCGUCCACGUUCAAAGACUAAGCCGAUACUUAGAGAUUCUGAAGAAGAACAACAAGUUAGUGUUUGUCUUAGUGAAGGGAAAGAAAAAGGGGUGAGAUCUAGGGACACAAGUAGAAGUCGUCCUUGUCCAAAUACUAAGCAGAUAUGUAUUGAUUGUGAUUGUUAUGAUGAUGAAGAAGAAGAAGAAGUUAGUCCCUGUCUUAAUGAGGGUAAAAGGAUGAGACUUGCAAAGGAGAACGAUGCGCCAAAAGCUGAUGAAGGGAAGAGAGUAGAGAAGGAAGAAGGGUUGAAGAGAAAGAACGAGAGAGGAUGGACAGAUGAGCUUGAGUUAGCUUUAGAGGGAGCUUAUCUGACAGUGAAGCCAAGUCCUAGCUUCUGGAAAAAGGUUUCUAAAAUGGUCCCUGGAAAAUCAGCUCAGGAGUGUUUCGAUAGAGUCAACGCAGAUCUCAUCACUCCUCGUCAAACUCAGCCUAGGUCGAGAGCCAAGAAGUCGAACUUGUCGCCAAUCCCACAGUUCUCGCUAUCUGCAAGCAAACUACUGAAACCCAUUUCACCAACAAAGAGUAAGAUACGUCAGCGAAAAGGGAAUCUCUCCAAGAAAGCGAUCAGGCAUCUAGUGGAGAAGCAGAAUCAUAUGAAUCAAGGUCUUGGUUUUGAUCUCUUCUCAGUUCUUGAGCCUGGCGCCACAAGCAGCUUUCUCUCAACUCCAACGGAGAAAGGGAAAAGUCUUCCGAGAAUCACUGAAAGUCCAAUAAGGCCUGGCUCAAGUAAAGAUCGAGCAAAUCUCGUUAGCCCUCCAGUGCUGAAACAGGUUAAAAACAAGGCGUUGCAUGAGAAGUACAUUGAUCAUCUUCAUGUGAGGGAAGCUAAAAGAAAGGCAGAGUAUAGACGGCUGGUUGGGAAAGAGAACGUUAGACCUGUGGAUAAUCAGACGAACGUGAGAGCAGCUAAAGAUGCUCUUUUCUUUGAUGUUCAAGAUGCAAUGCAGAAGCUUAAGGGGUUAGAGACUGAGAACUCAUCUAGCUCAGAAGAGUUCUGCUAUGGUCUUGGUGGAACUGACGAAGAAGAUGAAUCAAUCUAAUCUCUAAUCAUGUAGCUUUAUUGUGUUAGUGCGUAGAGAUUAAGAGUAAGUCCUUAUUAUGAAUCUUAGUCUUGUAACCAUGAGAGUGUAGCUGUUUGUGUGAACUCAGUUGAAUCAGAUGUUGUACAGACAGCGAAAGUUGAUUCUCUUUUAAUAUGAAGUUCAGAUUCUGAUUCUUUUUUGUUGUUUGCU